AUGCCCGCCGCGCGGGGCCACCGAAGCGAGCUCGUUGCCGCUGGGCUGGGAGUUAUUCUGCGCGCGUGCGCUAUAUGCGUAGCGCGCGGCGCCUCAUCCGGCCGAGUCGGGGCAUUUAGUGCGCUCGUCGGCGAAUCGGCAUUCGUGCCUAAUGAGCUCUACUCUUUGAACGCGCGGGCGAGGUGGCGGCGGUGGCGGGGCCCGUGGAUCAUAAAGUCAGCCGCUGUUCCAUUAUGCAUGUGCGGCCGCCUGGUUAUCAUCUAUGAACGGAUCAAUUUCACAGUCACCGAUCACAGGCGCCGCCCUCCCCUCCGCCGGAUCGCAGAC